UCCGGGGCGGCCGGCGGUAUUCUGGCACGCAGGUUCCCGGGCGCAGCAGCCGUCUCGCUGUGUGGCGCUGAGGCAGGCACACAAAAGAGCGGCUGCAGCUGCCCCCGUGUCCCCGCUGCGGCGCGGGGUGGGGACCGGCCCCGCCGCUGCCAGCAGGGUACUUACUGUCUUCAUUCACCCGCUGCAGCAGAGGAAGGUGACGUGCACUUCAAGAGGAGUAAGUUAGAGCUAAGCAGAAACUGGUACGGAAAACUUUGGGAUUAAUAGGUACUUCCACCAAAGCAACAGAGGGAUGACUAGAAGCCCUGUAGUAAUUGCUUAGAAAUGAUUUUCAUAUAAGGAGUUGGCUAUGGCAAACAGGAAAUGUCAAAGCACCACAGCCAGCAUGCUGGAUCACAGGGUGAGAGCUUGCCCUACUUCAUCUCACAACAGGGAGCCUGAAAAUGAAGAAGUUGAUGUUCCUAUUGAAGAUUAUGCAGCAAAGGAGGCAGAACUAGCAACUGUCAGACAAGGUAGUCCUACAUCUGUGGAACAUGAGUGCAAUGAUCAUAGCGGAGAUGGUGACUCCAGCUCUGACUAUGUGAAUAACACCUCUGAGGAGGAGGACUAUGAUGAAGGCUUGCCAGAAGAAGAGGAAGGGAUCACAUACUACAUUAGAUACUGUCCAGAGGAUGACAGUUACCUGGAAGGAAUGGACUGCAAUGGGGAGGAGUAUGCUGCCCAUGAGGAACACCAUGUUGAAACAGAUGAAUGUCAGGAAGCUGUAGAAGAAUGGGCUGAAGGUAAAAUUCAGCACCAAGAUGAAAACGAGGUGAUGGACAGGCAAGAGUGGCAGGAAGGUCAAGAUAAUGGCAUUCAGAUUUUGGAGGAUGAAGUCUCGUCUUUGGAGAUUCAAGACCAAGAAGAAAACAUACAGUAUUGCCAAAGCGAAGGUGGCUAUCCGGACUAUUACCCAGCAGAGGCCAAUGGAAACUCACAGGGAAUAUCACCGUACCAUUCUAGAAAAGAGGAUGCAGAGCCAGAAGAGCAGGAAGAGGACAUUGACCAGAUUGUAGCAGAAAUCAAAAUGAGUAUGAGCAUGAGCAGUAUUAAUAGUACAACAGAAAUGAGUCCAGAGCACACUGGGACUGAAAACGUGGCGCAUGACUACAAAGAGGCUUGUUCAACGGGAGAAGCUGUUCACAGUGCUAACAGGCAUGAGGGGAGGCCAAAAUCACUGAAUAUCCCAUCUGCCUCGAAGCACAGUGGAGAUGUGCCUAGAGGUUUUAAAGCAAAGUCAAGAACCCCAGAGGACAGACAGAAGUGGCCACAAGAGCAGAUGUGCAAUGGUUUAGAGCAGCCAAGGAAGCAACAGCGUUCAGACCUCAAUGGACCAGUUGACAAUAAUAACACACCCGAGACAAAGAAAGUGUCUUCAUUUCCAAGUUUUGUUGAUGUUCCAGGACCCUGUGAACCUGAAGACCUCAUUGAUGGAAUCAUCUUUGCAGCCAAUUACCUGGGCUCUACGCAGCUGCUCUCUGAGCGCAACCCUUCCAAAAACAUAAGAAUGAUGCAGGCCCAAGAGGCAGUGAGCCGUGUUAAGAGGAUGCAAAAGGCGGCUAAAAUCAAGAAAAAAGCGACUUCGGAGGGAGAUUCCCAGGCCUUGACUGAAGUGGAUCUGUUCAUCUCCACACAGAGAAUCAAAGUCUUAAAUGCAGACACACAGGAAACCAUGAUGGAUCACGCGCUGCGCACAAUCUCAUAUAUUGCCGAUAUUGGUAACAUUGUGGUUUUAAUGGCGCGACGCCGCAUGCCAAGAUCAGCGUCUCAAGACUGUAUUGAAACAACACCUGGUGCCCAGGAAGGAAAGAAGCAAUACAAAAUGAUAUGCCAUGUCUUUGAAUCAGAGGAUGCACAGUUGAUAGCUCAAUCAAUUGGUCAAGCUUUCAGUGUGGCUUACCAAGAGUUUUUAAGAGCUAAUGGCAUUAACCCAGAGGAUCUCAGUCAAAAAGAAUACAGUGACAUCAUCAAUACCCAAGAGAUGUACAAUGAUGAUCUCAUACACUUUUCCAAUUCAGAAAACUGCAAAGAGCUCCAGCUAGAGAAACAGAAGGGAGAAAUUCUUGGGGUAGUGAUUGUGGAAUCUGGAUGGGGAUCCAUUCUACCCACCGUUAUCCUGGCUAACAUGAUGAAUGGAGGCCCUGCAGCCCGUUCAGGAAAACUAAGCAUUGGUGACCAAAUUAUGUCCAUUAAUGGGACCAGUUUAGUUGGUCUUCCUCUUGCAACAUGCCAAGGGAUCAUAAAGGGUCUCAAGAAUCAGACACAAGUGAAACUGAACAUUGUCAGCUGUCCUCCUGUUACUACUGUCCUCAUAAAACGGCCAGACUUAAAAUACCAGCUGGGCUUCAGUGUGCAGAAUGGAAUUAUUUGCAGCUUGAUGCGAGGUGGAAUAGCUGAGAGGGGAGGGGUAAGAGUAGGACAUCGGAUUAUUGAGAUCAAUGGACAAAGUGUUGUUGCUACUGCUCAUGAGAAGAUAGUGCAAGCAUUGUCUAAUUCAGUGGGAGAGAUUCACAUGAAGACUAUGCCAGCGGCCAUGUUCAGGCUUCUAACUGGGCAAGAGACACCCCUAUACAUCUAGCACACGACUCUCUUGCAGCAAAAUAACUACAUGAUUCCAUCAUGGACGAAACCCUCAGAGCUGAAGAUGAGCAUUUGUAUUUUGUAUGAAUUAAAGGCUUUGAAGCUGACCUGAGGACUCUGAAACAAGGAACAGACAGGUGUAUCUGCCUUUUCUCUUCUUCCUUUUUAUUUCUUGCCAAAAAGUGAUGAGAAGGAUGGUCAAGGACAAUAAUCAUUAACAAAAAUAUUUGUAAAACAUUUAAGUAUUUUGCAGCAUCUUCUAAACUCUUUUCUCAUAAAACUUAAAGCAUAUUUAUUUGUAACCCUUAUGUGGAGUGAUGUAUGUAUGUCUGUUUUGUUUGAUAACACGGUGAAUGUGAAUAUUUGGUGAAUGAGACUGCAGGAAAUGGCAAAGAGAAGCAAUUAGAGAAAGUUAUGACUGCCUCAAGUUUUAAAAAAGAAAUCCCAGUCCCAUACAAUGGUUUAAUACUGAUGGCUUUGCGUAAUUUUAAAACUGAUGCCGAACAGAUGGUAUUUCAGUGGAAAGGAACAUGUGCAGUUAAAAACUUUUAGAUUCUAAUGUAAAGAAAACCACUGUAGUACUUGGUAUUGUUAUGACAAGUGUAACCUCUCUGGCAAGGUGUGAACAUAAACAUGUAACAAGUGUUUCAUAUGCUAAAUAAAGAAUAAUUGCCACAA